CAACACGUAUGCCACAUUUACCCCAUAGGUAACUGUAGAUCCAUCAAAUUGGUUUGGCCUCAUUUUUUUCCUCCUUCGGUUACCGGUUGCCAUCCCGGUUGCCUUCUUCUCAUGUGGUCAAAGCGGCGAGCGUGCCCAGUCAAAGCGGUGCUGACAGUUACCACUCCCCCAACGAAUAAUCCAGGAGCUCCUCCAAAUCGCUGCUCCCUCCUCUACCACGAGCCCCUCCCCUCACUCCAAUCUGCCGGCCGACAAACCCUCCUCCCGCGCCUCCGUCCUGCCCUCCGACAGCGAGCUGCGUGAUGGUGCGAGACGGUCAUGGUGGUGUGCGUGUAUGUGCUGAUGGUGGUGCUGCUGGGCCGGCGCCGGCGGCAGAGGGAUGCAUAGCUGGCGGGCUAGGCAGAGCCCGAGAGGCACAUCAUCCUCCCGCACCUCCAUGUCGUUGCCCAAUCCUUUCCCCUCACCAUGGCACAACGCAACAGCCCCCGAGCAGCCUACACGCCCAACGGAAGACCCGGCGGUACCGCCGCCAUGGACCACCUCGCGUUGGUGGUAGCCGCAACGCAAACGAUGGGCGCGUAUGAGGAGCACAUCCAGCCGAGAUGGCGAUGGAUGGGGAGUAAUUGGAGGAGGAGGGGGAAGGAGAUGCUGAUAUGGAGGAGGUCAAGAGGACAACGACGAGGUGGACAGGCAGCGGUGGAACCAGGUGGCCACCCGAACGGAUGCUGAUGCCGCGACUUCUGCGGCGGCAGGAAGCUCCCCAUCAAUGAAGGAGAGAUGACCAGUGCUGGCGUCGGGGGUAUUCAGGUGUCUUCAAACGAAUGCCGAAGAUUUAGUGCAGAGUAUAUAGAUCAGACGCAACUUCCUUCAGGUGAUUGUGAGAAAUCAGCAGACAAGGUCGGCAGGAGGAUAUGUGCAAACGCCACCGUCUUCACACGGAGCAGGGGUGGAAGGGCACCAGCCAGGACACCAUGGUCGUUUGGGAGGUGCGCUACUGCCAGGAGGACGUGUGCCAACGACGCGGCCUUCACGCUCAGCAGGGGCAGAAGAGCCCCAGCGAGAUGCCAUGGUCGUUUGGGAGGUGAGCUGCCGGAAACCGCGGCUUUUGUUUCUAUAGUUUGGGAGGCCUACUACAAUAACCAACAAAGCUAUAGGGAGCUUACAAACAUUUCUAUAGUUUUGCUGUCAUACUUGGAGCUCCAGUUCAGAUUAUUGAUCUUUGCAUAUCAGUCAUGUGUUCAUAAUUUGAUACCAGGACCAUAGAAGCAUUUUGUCUAAUGCAUUGAUUAUCUUUUCUCUUCAAAUUUUAGACCUCAAGUUCAGAUUAUGGUCUUUGCAUGCCAUCUUUUUUAGCUUCUC